UUCAGCUCGCUCAUUUAUUGAAUGUUUCUUCACAUUAGUGCGCACUCGAGUUCGCCACACACACCGGGAGCCAGACACACACGGCAGAGCUCUCGAACACACUGCGGUCUGAGCGCGCGCGCAGCUGGAUCAUUCCAAAUUUAAAAAUUCGAAUGUAACAACAGCGGGCGAGAUGCGACAUUAUAUCCGUCUGUCGGCGCUUUGAACAACGCGCAUCACGCAGGAUGCAGAGGAAAUUUUGCUGAACUUAAAGCAGUUAUUUUUUUCUUUGCUUCAGACAUGGAAAGCUGACAGCUGAACGUGUGCAAGCGGAAGUACAACAACAGACAGGAGCCAUUAGAUCUACACACUGGGCGACAAUUUUAGACCAUACCCACUGUCCUCAGUCAUGGCUGCUUACGGACAGACACAGUACAGCCCUGCGUUACAGCCGGCCGGACCGUACACACCGUACACACACCACACACAGGGUUACAGCAUGACGUCCUACAAUAUUAAAACAGAAGAUGGUUUGAGUCAUUCACCAGGACAGAGCAGUCUGCUGGGAUACACGUCCAACUUCAGUGGCACUCCACCUGCUCAGACGCUCUACAGUUACUCCACACACGGCGGCAACAUUUCUUCUGGAAUUUUCCAGGGUGCAAACAGCAUCACAGGCUCAACACCAUUCAGUCCUACACAGCAGGACUUCUCAGCGUAUUCUAGCUACAGCCAAAGUCAAUAUUCGCCAUACUACAACACACACUACAACAGCCCGUACAUCACAACCAGCAAUAUCACACCCUCAGCGAUACCCUAUCAGCACACAGAUCAUCCCGCUGUAUCGACCAAUCACAGCCCGGAAUUACACACAGCAGAGUACCACACUCCCACGAGUCCUCUGACUCCAGGAAAGGAGCAGGAAGGCGCUCCAGCGAGACGCAGCUCAGAUGGGAAGCUGAGAGGCAGGAAGCGUGCCAAUGACCCCGUCCCCCCUCUGGACUCUGACAUUGAGAGGGUGUUUAUUUGGGACCUGGAUGAGACCAUCAUCAUUUUCCACUCGCUCCUGACGGGGACUUUUUCCACACGUUUCGGCAAGGACUCUGGCAAGGCUGUUUCUCUGGGCUUGUGGAUGGAGGAGAUGAUCUUCAACCUGGCUGAUUCUCGUCUGUUUUUCAACGACCUGGAGGAAUGUGACCAAGUUCACAUCGAUGAUGUGGCUUCGGAUGACAAUGGGCAGGAUUUGAGCAUGUAUAACUUUGGCACGGAUGGCUUCCAGAGCCCAGCAGGUGGAGGCACGCUCUGCCUGGGCUCAGGUGUUCACGGCGGGGUCGACUGGAUGAGGAAACUCGCCUUCCGCUACCGCAGAGUCAAAGAGAUCUACAACACCUACAAGAACAAUGUAGGAGGUUUGUUGUGCAGUCCGAAGCGGGAAGAGUGGCUUCAGCUGAGGCGGGAGAUGGAGGUUUUGACGGAUCUGUGGCUGACGCAGGCACUGAAGGCCCUCGCUCUCAUCAACUCCAGACCGAACUGUGUGAAUGUGUUGGUCACCACCACGCAGCUGAUUCCAGCGCUCUCUAAAGUACUUCUGUACGGUCUUGGAGGAGCUUUUCCCAUCGAGAACAUCUACAGCGCCACCAAAACAGGUAAAGAAAGCUGCUUUGAGCGCGUGACUCAGAGGUUCGGUCGGAGAGCCGUGUAUGUGGUCGUAGGAGACGGAGUCGAGGAGGAGACGGUCGCCAAGAAGAAGAACAUGCCGUUCUGGAGAGUGACGUGCCGGCCGGAUCUGGAGGCCUUGAGUCAUGCACUUGAGCUGGAUUACCUCUAGAGGGCAGCAUCUGCUCGUCUGCCGAGAACUGCAGGACCAAUCAGCAGGGAGCACCAAUCUUACUGGAAAAUUUUGCUUCAAAUCAAUCCAAGAAAAACGCUUUUUUUUCACUCUUUCUCGCUCUCCACCUGAGAGACUCAGCUCUUUCAUCCACUCGCUUUUCUUUACAACAGCACUGCACUGAAAACAGACCCAUCGAUGA